AUGCAGAAUAGAACAACUCUGCAUCACAAUUUACAACGGAGGGUUUAUGGUAACUUACCGCCGGGCAUGUUGAUGAAAAGAGCGAGAGGUGUGUUUAAAAUAUUAGUUUCAGAUUUUGUUUUGAUGGUGCGAUGGAGACAUUUUAAGCUUACAUUUUAUAGAUCUAUUGAUCUCUCAGCUGUAUGUAGCCAAGGAUAUUUUUAUUGUCCAUGAGCUUUGCCCAAUUUAAGAAAGAAAAAUAUCGAUAAAAUAAUAAUUGAAAAUCAUCUGCACGGUUUCAGUUUUGCUUCCCACCGAAAACUUUUUUUUUCUUUUUUGUCUACCACUCUGUUCAAAAAUUAUCAUGUGUAUUUACUGAUAUCAGUUAUGAAAGUGAUAGAAAAUCUUUUAUUUCGAUAGAUUUCUGGAUAAAAUACUGUUAAUUAAUUAAUCGCUAUUUUUGCUCAUUUCCUGGAUAGGAAGUAAAUAUCUGCUGCAGUGCUUGCAGAAAGAAACAGCUUUGACGGGGCAUGAAGGCUGUGUAAGUUUUGAGUCAGUGUUAUGUUGUGUCUCAGGAUAAAAUUAUUCCUUUUCUAAAAGAAAAGGAAAAGAAGAAGCAUAUUUUACACUAAAAGGGCAUCUAGUUAUAUACACCCUUACCUUACCCUCCCCUCCCCCUGUUCCUCCCUCAAUCACCCUUUACACCCUAGUAUCAGUAUUCACAUUCUCCAUACUGCUUGCUAUACAUUUGCUAUGGUACUGAAAGGGAUAAUUUGUUUAACAAGAGCUUUUGUAAUUAAUUCAUGAUCAUUUCCUUUAUUCUCAUUACAUUAAUGUUUGUUUUAACAGUGAUAAUGUAAGGAGAAAGAAGAUGCUAGUCACUCUUAGAAGUAAAAGGGUUCACAGUAGUUUUCUAACCAGGUCCAAAUAGACUAGGCUAGAACAUUUUCCUUUAGUUUUAGUCUUGGGUUAGUUUUGCCACUGGUGGGUUCAAGCCCCCUUAGUUUCUCUUGUGAUAAUACCAUUUUGUCUAAUUUCUUAAUUCUUUAGGUUAACAGUAUAGCUUGGAAUGAGAGUGGCAGCUAUCUUCUCUCUGGAGCUGAUGAUUGCCGUCUUAACAUUUACCAGCCAACAAAAAGAAAGGUUAAUUGUACAACUUUAUGUCAUAAUCUCAUUGGCAUGUGUAAUAGGAAUUUUUCUUUUAAAUCUUGAAUAGUAUUCAUCUUUUAGACUUUCCACUGAGAAAACAUGGGACAAUUGUUAGAGGUUAACCCUUUAAACUCCCAAGAUCUAAUUGUUAAUUCUCCUCUCUAGCUACUACACAUUUCCUUGUAAAUAUGUUACAAAGAUGUAGUGUUACAUCAAGGUAAAACUUCUAUCUGUUAGGUUUGAGUAUUCGCAUAACCUGUUUGCUGAAUAUUGUAUGAAUAUUAGAGGGAGAAGUUACACGUAAUCACUUUUGGGGAUUUAAGGGUUAACAGUUAUUGUUAAUUACAUGUAGUGUAGUCCUUGUCAUAAUAAAAGUCAAAAUGACAAUGAGGAUUGGAAGGUCUUCUCAGUAGGCAUUGGGCAGCUAGUCUUGUGAUUUACCCUUCACUUUUGUAUCUUGUUAAAAUAUGCUACUGUAAAAUGGACUUGUUUUAAUGCAUUCUUUUUUAUCAAUUCUGGAAAGAAGUGGACAAGUUGAUAGUAUGAAACCCUUGUACCAUGAUUACCUUGUAAUAAAAGUUUGGUCAGAAAUAUUCUUUUUCCUCCUCCAUUUAUUUAUGUGCAGUGUUGAUAUGUAUAAAAAUAUCUUAUUUUCAGUUGCUGCAUUCCAUCAGAUCUGGUCAUAGAGCCAAUAUUUUCAGUGCCAAAUUUCUGCCUGGUUCAGGAGAUAAAUGGGUGAGUGUUCUUGGGUUGACAAAUUCAGUUCUGUGUUUGAAACUCUUUUGAUAUUAUCUACAUCCUCAUGUUGUUCAGCCUUAUAUGACAAUAUCUUAUCACAAUUUUUGAUGAAAUAAAUUUUAUUUGAGCUGCCAAUUGAAGUCAAUAAAAGCAAUGGUCCUUGCAGGUCUGCUAUAAUUUUUUGCAAUUGCAGAAGGAAAGCCUGAAAAAACUCUGGCCUUGACAGGAUUUAAACCCCUACCUCACAAUUAUUAGUUGGGCACCACUUCCAAAAGAGCUACAAUGUACAAAACCACACUUCAGGAGUGAGGGAAAUUUUAGAGGGUUUUUCUUUCCCUAAGGAGGAAUUUGAACACAAUUCUUAAUGACAUAAACUUUAUUUGAACUUUGGUUAAACAUCAAGUAGAGGAAUGAUCCUUGUAGCAAUUUCAUACUAGAAGUCUGAAAAUUUACAGGCUUUGACAUAAGGCUCUAAGCUCAAUUUUUCAAAAAGUUGCCCUAUGGCAACUUUCCAUUGUGAAAUGGUUGCCAUUAAAAAAUUGUGCUUGCCUUUUUUUUCAAAUCUGUUGGUUCACCAUGUGGCCACUCUUGUCAAAAUUCUAGCCACCAAAUAUAUUUUUCACCCGCCAUGGUGAUUAAAACUUGGAGCACUGUGAUGGGAUUCAAACCUGUGCCUCCCAGGAACUAGUUGAGUGCCACUAUCAACUAUGAAAUGAAGCUAAUGUGACAUCUAUCAGAUUGAAAGCCCUCACUGAAGCACAAAAGCUUUAACCCUUUACACCCUAACAUCAGUAUGCAUAUUCUCUAUACUGUUCUCUACAUAUUUCCUAAGUUGCUGACAAGGAGAACUUGUUUAAUAUCAAGAGCUUCUUUAGUUGGUGAUCAUUUCCUUUAUUCUUGUUACCUUAAUGUUUGAUUCAGGGGUGAUAUUGUUGGUAGAAAUUAGAUGGUAGUCACUCUUAGGGAUCAAAGGGUUAAAUUAAACAAGGGACAACUAGUCUAUUUAUAAAGACAUACCUGAUAUAAAGCUUCUGAGGCCUUUGAUCAAGCAAAUAAUAUUAUCAAAACAUAAAAAAGCUUGUUUUAAUGUAUAUACAUGUUGUGUGUACCAACAGAUAGUGUCCUGUGCUGGAGAUGGCAUGAUUCACUUUACAGAUCUCAAUAGAGAAACAGGCCAUGGACAGUUUCAGUUUAAUUGUCAUGCAGGAACUACAUAUGAGGUAUGGUAUACAGUGCUGCAAGCUCAAUUUUGUCUAUAAAUAUGAAUUAUGUAUAUCCCAGUAGGCUUAUCACCAGAAUACAUUUGUUGAAAAAGGACUUUGAAACGAGUUAUAGAAAUGCUUUUAUUAAAUUAGCUUUUGCAUUUACUGGUUUUUAACUAAGCAUGAAAAUGUGAUAAUAAAUCAAAUUCAUUUCAAUAUGUUUGAAACAGAAUUAAAAACUUACAACAUGAAAAAAAACUGGAACAUAACAAAAUGGAAGUUAAGACUUUUCCUUAGAAUUCAUCUUUGAUAAUUAAAAAGAAAUAAUAAAGUUGUUCCACAAAACUUUUAGAAUUUUCCAUCUGAAGUAGUACAGAGUUCGUAUCUCUUAAAAAAAAGAAUGCUAGAGGUGGGCUUAUAAUUGGAUUAAUCAUAACCAUUACAUUUCCUCAAAUGUGAUGGAGCAUUUGCAGCCUCAUUUUUCACUAAUCAUUCUGUACAGUUGUAAUUGGACAGUGUAAUUGGACAGUUGUCUGUAAUUGGACACCUGUAAUCAGACAAUUGAAGCAGCCAAUCAUACUAAGUCCACUCAACAAAAUCCACCAAUCACAGAAUUGAUCACAAUAACCAUGGCAACAACCACUCAUUUAAAGAAAAACUUUGGAAUUUUCAAUUCCAUAAAUUGUAAGUGAGGAACAUUAAACUCGAGAUAUUGUCUCCACUAGAGAAAAAUUAUUUGUUCAAGAUGUAUUUGUUUAUUUGGAAAUUUUAAUGGUUAUGAUUAAUUGGUAACAAGACUUUGUGUUGUCCAAUUCUGUAAUCACUCGUAUUAUUACAAACCAAAUUGGACUCCUAUGGAGUCCUAUUACCAUUAUACAUUUUUUCAUUUACACUCAGAUGGUCCUAUAACCAGGGAGGGUGGGGAGGGGCCAGCUUUUGAGUUGCAGGGUACUGUAUGAUAUUUGAUAAAGCACACUGUGCUUCUAAAUCAUCUUAUUCAUGUGAUUGUUUUUGUGCUAGGUAAUUACAACUCCUGGGGACCCUAACACCUUCCUUAGCUGUGGGGAAGAUGGCACAGUCAGACUGUUUGACUUGCGAACCAAGACAAAAUGUUUAUGCAGAGAUUGUAAAGAGGUUUGUUAGGUUACAGAAACUUAUCACUAUGAAAAUUUUCCACUUGUAUUGUAUUUAAGAUCAACUGAAUGUGUUCCUCAUUAACUUUAUUCAGUAAAAAUGACAUCUUUUGAGAAAGUUGUUUUGUUGUCUUGCAGUGAGCAUGGUACAGAGAAAAAAUGCUAAGUCCACAUGAGAGAAUUGAAUCAAAACCUUUUGGAUUCUGUUAUGCUCUUGAGAAGAUGAUGCAACAUCUUACUCUUUCACAUUUAGUUAGCAAGCCUAAAAUUUAUCAUCCACUAUAUUCCAUUUCCUCAAAAUUAAUGAAGUAUUUGUAGUUAAAUGCUCAUCAAAGCAGGACAAAAAUUAUCUAAGAUUUCUAGAAAUUUACCAAAAACACCAAACACAGGUCUAUUAUGUGGUUUAAUUUGUUUUAUUUUGUAGAUUAGAUUUGGUGUAAAAAACUUGCUGUGCUAAAAAAAACAAAACUGAAAGAUUUUUUUAGCUCUUGGAUCUUGAAAUAUUUCUUGUGAGUUAUGUGAAAUAAGGGAUUUUAGACACAAUCAAGGCUCCAAAACGCCUUGACUCGGUCGUUCAAAGGUUGGAUAUUGCUAUCCAGUGAAUAAAUUGCUAUAUGGUGGACAACGCCAUACAUUCUGCAAUCACUUAUCUGCCAGAUAGCAAUUUAUCCGUUUGAUAGCAUUAUCCACUCCUCAUACAACUGAGCCCUGGAUUUCAUUUAUUUUGUGAAGUGGUUAGAAGUUUCCUAUUGCCUUUUCUUGCUAUGUGAGAAAAAGAGCAUAAAACAAAGAGAAAUGGAAUUUUGAUUUGAGAUAAAACUGAAAAUGGAGAUGUGGAUUACAGUGUGGUGUGUGGUUGAGUGGUUUGGGCCCCAAGCUUGUAAUCUGGUGAUCCUGUGUUCAAGUCCUCCAACCCUGUUACUUGCUGGAUUUGUUCUUGGUUGCCCCAAAUUCAACUCCCCUGCUGCACUUUGUCUAUAGCCAAGUAGCCUGCCUCCUGCCUGCCUCCUGCCUGCCUAUUACACUAUUUUCAUGUUCAUUUUAUAUUUUAAUAUUUUUAAAUCAGUUAGACUUGUACAAACCUACACCUUGGUUGCCCUGGAAUUAUGGAAUUGGUUAUGGUUAGAUUUAAGGGUUUCAGUACAAUUUUCAUGUGGAGUCACUGAUUUUUUUACUAUUGUGUUGAAGGAGCCCCUCAUAUUUUUCUCUUGUCCUAACACAGGACAUUCUGAUAGACUGCGGUAAAGCAAUCACAUCCAUCAAUCUGAAUCCCAUCAUGCCGUAUCAUCUGGGUGUUGGCUGUGAAGACAGCACUGUACGAGUGUUUGAUAGACGUGCACUGAGCAGUAGCAGUACCAACAAGAUGAAUGGAAUGUUCUGUCAGUUUAGACCAGAUUCACUCAAUGGUAGAACAUGUCGCGUCACUUCACUUCAUUACAGGUGUGAAAAUUGUUUAUCAGCUAAUCAAGUUUUCUGAAAAAUGUUGUGAUUGUACUGUCUGUUCCUGUGUUUGGAUAAAUACCUUAGUUACUAGAUACUCUGUAUUUUAUUUGUUAGCACACCCUUGACCGCAGUCACGUGAUUAUCCAUAUGUAUCAAAUGUGUAAGGCACUUGGUCUGAUUCAUGCGCGAGUCACGCAUUAUUCUCUAAUAGUAUAUCGAACCCUAAUACACAGCAGUGAUUUUAAAGUAAAUACAACUUAGCAAAAAUUCAAGUGUAUGAUUACAAAUUACUUUCACGAAUUUUCUUGGUCUAUAAUAUUCAUCUUGUCAGUAUUUCGAAUUAUAUGAGGUCAUAUGUUCCAGCUUGUUGUGAAAAAUAAAACGAGGUUUUAGAUCUCUUUCUCUUUAAAUAAUUCAUAGAUAUUUCAGAAGAGGCCAAGAAAAGAUGAAAUACGAAAAUGGUUGACCGUUUACACCAAUUGUCAACUUUCAAAGGUUUUACUUUGUACAAUUAAGCAGAUGUUUCCUUUAUGGACCUUGCAUGAAAAGCUUUGGGGCAUUGAUUAGCAAUUAAGUCUCUAUAAAUUACUUGGAAAAAUAUUUAUGACUCUUGUUUAGGGGAGUACACUGCACACCAACUUUACAUGUCUCCAGGCGCGUGUUAAACUUCUAUGCUCUUCCUUUUCUAGCCCUGAUGGUAGUGAACUCCUUGUGAGUUACUGUGCUGAUUACGUCUACCUAUUUACCUUACGCGGAAGUAAACAGCUUCGCUCUACACACGACGAUGACCUGGAGGGUGGAUACUCCAACGGUAGCAACGGUCAUCGGAAUGUACCACCACUGAAACGUCUGCGCCUGCGAGGAGAUUGGUCAGAUACAGGUCCCAAUGCCAGGCCUGAAAGUGAACACCCUUCCCCAGAAAACUCCCUGAUGCAGCGUAUGUCCGAUAUGUUUGCACGCUGGCUUGAAGAAUCGUUUCGCGCCGGACAGCGUCACAGAGCCCGAACAUCAUCGUCGCGCUCGACGUCGGUGUCAUCUACAACAUCAUCUUCGUCAAUGUCUUCGUCGCCGCCAUCUUAUAUGUCUAGUAGCUCAUCAGAGUCAAGCGGAGCUUCGGGUUUGUUUGGAGAGGAACCGAGGUGGCGUUGGAGUCGUGAGCGGAAUUCCGAGGUGCCCCAAAGUAGAAAGGGAGUGAGGGUAGGUGAAUCAAGCGGAGCUUCUGUGGAAAUGGAGUCAGAAUCAGCGGCGAGUUUAGAUGAUGCCAACAGAACUGGCCAGGAGAGAUUAAACGUUUCUAGCACCAAAUCUGUCGAGCUUAUUCCUCACUGUGAAAAGGAAUUUGAAAAUGUUCCUAGAACUACUGAAUCGACAACCUAUGUCAAUGAUACUAUGGCAGCCGCCGCUGAAAAUAAUACAGGAGCAAGCGAAACCUCAACGAUAGCAAUCGAAAGUAAAGACACAGAGAAUGGGCCAAGUAGCCAUCGAUUAUCUCAACAAAUGGACCAGUCAAAAGUUAAAGACUCACAUUCGAACACUUUAGUAAAAACGAAAAGUAAAGACAGUUCUUCACCAGCUACGCAAGAAACCACCCGCCCAAGCCGUACGCACGCGGAUCCAACGUCUCAAGAGGAACCAAGAGACGAACGAAAUCUAGGCGUAAGUGGCGAUGAAGGCGUUGCUCUUCCGGAACACACCUCAGCGGCUACUCGAAUUCAGCGCGUUUAUAGACUUCAUAAGAAGGCAAAGUCAAGUACGGAGUGUGAAGGAAAGGAUCUUUGGAUUCCAGAAAUGACACGAGUCUACAAGGGCCAUCGUAAUGCACGAACAAUGGUUAGUGUACCUUACAAAAUGUCUCUUUUAACCUGAAUUGAAAUUAAAUUAAACAUCAAGGUCUUAAGCUUGCGCAAGCCUCCCGAUGAGCGCAUAGGAAGAUUCCUGGACACAACUUCAGCUCAGAAAGGCAACUUGGCUCUGACAGUCUGAAAGCGCGCCACCUCGCUUAUACAACGUUCGCAUAUGUGCACUCAUUUGACCGCUGUGCUAACACAAUGACUCGACCUGCUCUUCAGUGAAGAUAUCUCGAUCUAAAGUGCAGUGCGCUGUACUGUAUGUUAGUCUAUCGCGUUUCUCACUCACGAAAAUUAGGAAGUGAUUUAUUUGGAAGACCGAACCGGAAUUGUUCGAAUUACUUUGAGGGAAAAAACGGAAUCUUAUUUUUGCUUGCUUACACUCUGUAGAUCAAAGAGGCUAAUUUUUGGGGCGAUGACUACGUUCUUAGUGGAAGUGAUUGUGGUCGAAUCUUCAUCUGGGAAAAAUACAGUGCCGAGUUGGUGAUGAUUCUUCAGGGUGAUAAACACGUGGUCAACUGUGUUCAGCCGCACCCAUAUGACCCAAGUAAGCCAUCUGUUACACUGGUCAACAUGUCUUGUACAUCCUUUCGUGCCUUCUACAUCAGAUAAGAAUUUGUAAUAAUUUGUAUGAUAAGCUUACUUCAGUGGCAAAGUAGAAAAAGGUGAUGUAAUUAUAGAUUUAGUAGUUGCGGACGAUUAUAAGGGCUUCAUAUUUCAAACAAAGUUAUGGCUUCUCCUCCAUAGGAGGUAGUAGCCUUAAAAAUUAAAACAUCUUGCGCAAAUUGAAUCCGGAGUUUUCUGUGAGGAUAUAUAGGGAAGCAGAAGUGGCUCGGUGGCGAGAGGACGCUUCUCUGUCUAUGUUAAGCGCAAGCUAUAAAUAACGCUGCGAAAAGAGCGGUGAAGCUCGCGGGAUUCGCCGCUCGUGCUGUGGCGCUAAUUAGAGCCUGAUUACAGUCUAGGACCUGGGCUGAUUUUGAAAUAGGUUCUCGUUCUUUUUCAAGGAUUUUCCUUCGGGUUCUUUAGAUUUGCUCUCUCUACGAAAGGCGACGCUCCAAAUUCUGAUUUCGAACUGGAAAACAGUGGAUGCAGAGCAACCCAGAGGAAAUGCCACUGCCUAAUUACAAAUUGUAUCUCUAGGUAUUGUUUUUAUCCAUGAAGAGAAAUUCUGCCAUCUUUGUGAAUAGAGUGAAAAACAAAACAAUAGAGACAAAACAAAUUGAGGUUUUAGGACAAUUAACUCCACAUUCAUUUAAACAGUUCUGGCAUCAAGUGGAAUUGACUAUGAUAUAAAACUUUGGACGCCUUCUGCCAAGGAACCCAUGGAACCUAAAGACAAGGAUGAGGUUUGUGUGCGAUUUUUUUUUUUGCCUUUAGACAACGAUGAAGAACGUAUCCAGUGGAGUCCUGCCUUCUGUGUAAUUGCUAUAAAUUUUGUUCUCUUUGUAGAUAAUUGGUCGUAACGAGAAAAUGUUGGAGGAGAGUAGAGAUACCAUAACAGUACCGGCCUCUUUCAUGAUACGUAUGCUGGCCUCUCUGAAUCAUGCCAGGUUUGGUAGGUCAUCAAGGCUAGAAUUCGUCAGCUUGCGAGCAGGCUCUCGUCAUUAUUGGCGCAGCAGGACGUGUGUAUCUCCGCCCGAGGGUCUGGCACUCAAAAUGAUCAGUGCUCUAUCCCUUGCAAACCUCUUGCCAGGUCGUGUUUCUCAAAGCCUCAUUCGUUUCCGUGGGCGACGAAAACGGUCGUGCCAAAGCGCUAAAAAUGAGGGCGUGCUUGCAGGCGAAGAAUUGCUGGACGCGUUCUCUUCUGUUUCUACUUAACCCUUAACUCCCAGAAGUGAUUAACAAGUAACUUCUCCUUAAAAUAUCCAUGCACUAUCCAGCAAAGAGGUCAUGAGAACACUCAAAUUCAUCAGUUACAGGCUUUUAUCUUGAUCUAACAUCAAGUCCUCAUAACUAACUUACAAGGAAAUGUGUAGCUGCUAGAGGGGAGAAUUGACAAGCAGAUCUUGGGAGUUAAGCGGUUAAGCAAUGCAAUAAGACAUUCUCAGGUUUUAAAUAGUCUCAUCUAGGGCACUUAAAAGAAUUCGGGAAAACAAUGCAAAUCCUAGACGCAGUUCCAUCACAUCUAUCGACCUAUGAAAGCGUGCGUACUGUCUUAGUUAUUUUAUAAACACAAAUAUUGCGGCGAGUCACAUGAUUGAUAAGAUUCCACUGAUGAGGACUAUCACGUCAAUAAUUAUUUUUCUUAACCAGUUAGGAAGUUUUUGGAGUGGAACUGAAAUCUCAGACGAUCUUGUCGUGCAUCACGAACAGACAUGUGAUUACGAUAUGUUUCCUUUACAUGUUACAGGUCAGCGGACUCAAGAUGACGAAACCGACUCUGAUUUGAGUGACGAUUGAAUUAUGUGACGUGCUGUGCUGGUCACCAGACUGUCACGCAACUCAUCUGAUUCUUGUCGAGUUGGUUACUCUUACUUUUUUUUCGGGAAUAGAUAUAUAUUGGGCAAUGUUUGUCACCUCAAUGCAGCAAAUGGGUUUAAAGUUUAUCCAAUGUGAGAUAUUACUUUUUCUUGAAAAGAAAAGAAACAAUUACUGUUCCUUUUCAGUCUGUUUAACUGUGGUGGAAAUUAUCACAAGUUUCUUUCGAAACGUUUUACGUUAGCCCUACUUCGUAACAAGAGCAGAGAGCUUUUCUGAACUAGCGUUCUAUGGUUCGUUAUAGUAUAUGCGAUAGUAGUUGGAAACGUUAGUGAGUUAAGUGUUGAAAAUGUGUUUCACUUCGAACACUUCAGUGUACAGGUUUGUUCUCCUUUAGCCCUGUCAUAAGGAGAGCAAUAUCUUUCAAAUUUCAUCAGUUGAAGUAUAAUGAGGCCUUUGGUUGUCAGGGGGUAAUUUUUCUUUUGAUCUUAUAAGAAAGGAGUUAGCUUUGUGGGUUAUUUCAUUAUAUGUAAUCGUGAUCGAUGAUGGGUCUGUAAAUAGUUUGCAUACUAGAUGAAAAACGUUGUGUAAAUUUAUGAAAUCUUGUACAUACUGUAGAUAUUAUUAAAAGAUGUUUUGGUUUUUUUCUGGAAAGGAAGGAUACCGUUGCUUGAAUUUUCGUUCCCCAUCACCAUCUGUGUGCUACUACGUUUCAUGCUGUUUUACUUUGUGAAGUGCGGCCAGCAGUUUGUUAAUAACAAAGGCAUUAUUAUGGUGAUACAAAUACUGCAGGGAUGAUUAGAACCGAAACUUCUGCUCUCGUAAUGUAAUCAAUAAAUUCAGUGAAUAAUAGCGUCUUCGACAUGUGAACUUUGAAUCUUCAGAUCCAGCCCCUGAUAUCUCAAAGCUACAACUUUUGAACCAGAAUACAAUUUAUUUCGAGAAUUGUAAGCAAUAAAAUCAAAUUAAAG